UUUCACGCCAACAAGCCAGUUUGAGUAGUGCAUCAUUAGUGCACUUUUAAUGCUAAAAAGCCUACCAUGAGCUUAAUGAGAUCCAAAACUGAUCCACUGCAUUCAUGUCAUAGCAUAAUAACGUUACCAGGCACCAGAGCAUCCCGCACACAAUCAAUGCAUUUUCUAUUCACUCGCCUUUUCCCCAGUGUGUGGAAAAGGCGUGGACUUGCUCAUUUUUGCUCCACGUCGGCUUCCGUCCAAACUUAUCACUUGUGCGCAUGUGCAGAUGUUCAGUCCUCUGCAUGUUUUCCUUGCUGAUGUUGCACUAGAAAUGUUAACUUCUCAGUGUUUUGCAUGAUUUUUCUGCGUGUAGUGAGCCUUUAGGUCACCAUGAAAACCAGAUUCACCACAACGGAUAUCAGGGCAGUUAUUGCCGAGAUCAACGCCAACUACAUUGGCAUGAGAGUAAACAACGUGUAUGACAUCGACAACAAGACAUAUCUCAUCCGUCUGCAGAAGCCUGACAGCAAAGCAAUCCUCCUGAUUGAGUCUGGGACUCGGAUUCACUCCACAGACUUCGAAUGGCCAAAGAACAUGAUGCCUUCGGGCUUCGCAAUGAAAUGUCGGAAACACCUGAAGACGCGGCGGCUGACCCAGAUAAAGCAGCUUGGGAUCGACAGGAUUGUUGACAUCCAGUUUGGCUCAGAUGAGGCUGCCUACCACCUGAUUAUUGAGCUGUAUGACAGGGGUAACGUCAUUCUCGCGGACCACGAGUACACCAUCCUGAACCUGCUGCGGUUUCGUACCGCCGAGGUAGAAGACGUUAAGAUCGCUGUCAGAGAGCGGUAUCCUGUGGAGAACGCCCGACCCCCUGAACCUCUCAUCAGCUUAGAGCGACUCACAGAAAUCCUGAGCAAAGCACCAAAUGGAGAUCAAGUGAAAAGGGUCCUGAACCCUCAUCUGCCCUACGGAGCCACUCUGAUAGAACACAGUUUGAUCGAGGCGGGACUGUCGGGCUCCGUCAAAGUUGACAGCCAAGUUGAUGCUGCUGAAGUUGCACCUAAAAUCCUGGAAGCCCUGCAGAUUGCAGAAACCUACAUGGAAAAAACGGAAAACUUCAGUGGCAAAGGUUUCAUCAUUCAAAAGAGUGAGAAGAAACCAAGCUUAACUCCUGGAAAACCCAGCGAAGAACUGCUCACAUAUGAUGAAUUCCACCCAUUCCUCUUUGCCCAGCAUGCAAAAAGCCCUUAUUUGGAGUUUGAUACUUUUGACAAGGCAGUGGAUGAGUUCUUUUCUAAGAUGGAGAGUCAGAAGAUUGACAUGAAGGCCCUGCAGCAGGAGAAACAGGCCAUGAAGAAGUUGGAAAACGUAAAGAGGGACCACGUGCAGAGACUGGAGGCCCUGCACCAAGCACAGGAGGUGGACAGGUUAAAGGGAGAGCUGGUGGAGAUGAACCUGCCUGUGGUGGAGAGGGCGCUGCAGGUGGUGCGCAGUGCUCUGGCCAACCAGGUGGACUGGACUGAGAUCGGCAUUAUCGUCAAAGAGGCACAAGCUGCUGGAGACCCUGUGGCCUGCGCCAUCAAGGAGCUGAAGCUGCAGACCAACCAUAUCACCAUGCUUUUACAGAAUCCAUACGUCACUGAGGAAGAUCAGGAAGAGGACCAGAAAAAGGAUGUAGUGGAGGAGAAAGGGAAGAAAAACAAAAACAAAGACAAAGGACAGAACAAGAAGGUGCAGAAGAACAAGCCUGUGUUAGUGGACGUGGAUCUCGGCCUGUCAGCUUAUGCUAAUGCCAAAAAGUACUAUGACUUCAAACGCAGUGCUGAGAAGAAGGAACAUAAAACUAUUGAAGCAGCAGAUAAGGCCAUGAGAUCUGCAGAGAAAAAAACACAGCAGACUCUGAAAGAGGUUCAGACUGUAACCACCAUCCAGAAGGCCAGGAAAGUCUAUUGGUUUGAGAAGUUCUUGUGGUUCAUCAGCUCAGAGAAUUAUCUCGUCAUUGCAGGAAGAGAUCAGCAGCAGAACGAGAUGAUCGUCAAACGCUACCUCCGGGCAGGUGAUGUCUAUGUUCAUGCUGACCUCCACGGAGCGACUAGCUGUGUCAUCAAAAACCCCUCAGGAGACCCCAUCCCUCCUCGGACCCUGACUGAAGCUGGCACCAUGGCUGUGUGCUACAGUGCUGCUUGGGACGCCAAGAUCAUCACCAGCGCCUGGUGGGUUCAUCAUCAUCAGGUGUCGAAGACGGCUCCUACUGGAGAGUAUCUGACCACCGGAAGCUUCAUGAUCAGAGGAAAGAAAAACUUUCUUCCGCCUUCUUACCUGAUUAUGGGCUUCGGAUUCCUCUUCAAGGUCGAUGAGCAGAGCGUGUUCCGGCACCGAGGGGAGAGAAAGGUGAAGACCGUAGAGGAAGACAUGGAGGACGUCACAGCCAGAGCUGCAGAGCUGCUGGAGGGAGAGGAGCUCAUAGGUGAUGACAGCAGUAAUGAAGAGGAAGGAGCAGGAGGCGACGGAGAGACAGAGAAGGUCAGAAAGGGGGUCGAGGGGGACGAUGGUGCUAGUGGAGACCUGGCAGCUGUUCCUGAGGAGGAGGACGACAUGGAGGCGGAGCUAGAGGAGGCUGGAGAGGAAGAGGAGGUGAAGGAUGAAGAAAGUGAAGAAUUCAGCUUCCCCGAUACGACCAUCUCCCUGUCUCAUCUACAGCCCAACAGGAAUACUCAGAACCCUGGUUUCAAAAAGGAAGUCACCACUCAGAUCGAAGUCGACUCACAGGGAAGGAAACACAUGACGGCCAAGCAGAGGAGAGAAGAGAAGAAGAAGAAGCAGAAACAGGAAGGUUGCGACACUGAGGAGAAGUCUGAGGUUUCUUCUGCUGGAUCAGCAGUCGAUCAGGGAUCCAAAGGAGGAGGAGGAGGAGGAGGUGGAGGCCCCUCCCAGCCGCCACCGAAGAGGGGCCAAAGGAACAAGCUAAAGAAGAUCAAAGAGAAAUACAAAGACCAGGAUGAAGAGGACAGGGAGCUGAUGAUGCAGCUGCUGGGGUCGGCUGGUUCUGCUAAAGAGGAGAAGGACAAGGGGAAGAAAGGUAAGAAAGGGAAGGGGAAAGACGAACCCGUCAGGAAACCAGCCCCUCAGAAACAACCGCCAAAACCUCGUAAUGCAGAAGCUGCAGCGAAAAAACCUGCUCAGACAGGAGGAGAGGAGGGUGAGGAGGAGAAACUGCCAGGAGGAGAGGGAGCUCCUGCUGAACAGGAGGACAAGGAGGAUGAUGUGGACCAGGACAACCCCGGAGCUGAGGAAGCAGAGACUCUGCUCACCUCCCUGAGCGGACAGCCUCAUCCUGAAGACGUGCUGAUGUUUGCUGUGCCAGUCUGUGCUCCAUACACCGCCCUGUCCAACUACAAGCACAAGGUGAAACUGACACCCGGUUCUCAGAAGAAAGGAAAAGCUGCACGCACUGCAGUUCUCAGCUUUAUGAAAGCCAGAGAUGCCUCAACCAGAGAGAAAGACCUGUUCCGCAGCGUCAAGGACGCGGAUCUUUCCAGAAACAUGCCAGGAAAAGUUAAAGUGUCGGCUCCAAACCUGCUCGCUGCCAAGAAGAAAUGAAACGGGUGAACUGACCUUUGGGACUCUGCCAACUUCAUCUACAUUUUUAGCACAAGUGUUAGAGGAUCGGAUCAUCACCGUUCAGUUUCACUGUUUGGAUAUCAAAAAUUUUAUUUUAAAUAUUGAUUGUGUUUGCUG